AUGAGCUCUUCUUCUUUGGAGCCCAGUAGAAGGCGGUGGACAGGCCGACGCCGCCGCCAGCCGGAACGUAUCCAGGUCGACCCCCGUCGAUGGGCCAGUGACGCCGCACUCAGCCGGGCAUUCCACGGAUUGGCCACUACCAUUGACAGCAGCGUCACCCCGAAUAACCGUUCUGCUAGACUCAAAUAA